UUCUCUUUUGGAAGUAUUGAGAUGGAUCGUUUCACACCGUUACCUGUGGAUUUACAUCAACAGUACUUGUGCAAGGCACAAAAUGACACAAAGUCUUGGGAAUAUUUCCUAACAGCACACAAACGAAUAAGUGGAGCUUAUUGGACACUUACUUCUCUCGACUUGUUGCAUGCUUUGGAGACGACCGACGAAAACGCUAUCAUUUCUUGGAUAUUUAGUUGUCAGCACGAAUCAGGCGGUUUUGGAGGAAACGUGGAUCAGGAUCCCAACUUGUUGUCAACUCUAAGUGCCGUACAGUGCCUUGCAUUAUAUCGUCGUUUAGAUGAGUUGGACAGUGAAAAGGUUAUUUCUUAUAUCGCCAGUCUUCAACUUUCCGAUGGUUCGUUUAUGGGCGACGUUUGGGGAGAAGUAGAUAGUCGUUUUACUUAUGCGGCUAUUUUAUGUUUGAGCAUUCUUAAACGUUUGGAUGUCAUUCGUGUGGAUAAAGCUGUUGAGUUUGUGAUAUCUUGCUUGAACUUUGAUGGUGGUUUUGGGUGUAUUCCAGGUGCAGAAUCACAUAGUGGCCAAGUAUUUUGUUGUAUUGGAGCGCUUUAUUUAACAGAUUCGCUUUAUCGAAUUGAUCAGGAACUCACUGGAUGGUGGCUGGCAGAGAGACAAUUGAAGAAUGGUGGCUUGAAUGGGCGUCCAGAUAAAAAGGCAGACGUUUGUUAUUCGUGGUGGGUACUUUCUUCACUUGCCAUGUUAAACAAGUUGGAUUGGAUUGAUUCAUCCAAGCUCAUUGAAUUUAUUCUUCAUUGUCAGGAUUUGGAAAAUGGUGGUAUAGCAGACUAUCCAGAUGACCGUUCUGAUGUCUUUCAUACUUUCUUUGGACUUGCCGGGCUUUCCUUACUUGGUUGUCCACAAUUGAAAAGAAUUCAUCCUGCUUAUGCCUUACCACUGGAAAUAAUUUCUUGAUAGUGAUGAAUAUAUAUAUAGUUGCUAUCUUGCCAUGUUUUUGUAAGGAUGGCAAAUCAGUUUCUGGUGGUUAUUCCAAUGCAUGUUAAUUGAUAAAGUUGGCUGUGAGAGUUACUUUUUAAGCAACAAAAAGAAGACUUGUGUAAGUAAAGCAUUUGGAUUCAUAAGAUACAUCGGUCCAUGGAUAACGGACAGUUGAAUUAUAAAAUCGUCUAAUGAUAUACUUUAUAGUCUCUUUGGUCUUUUCAUUUAGAAAAAUUUCAAGUCCAUGAAAUGAUAUUACUUUCUGUUUGAGCUAUUUAUCAUGCACAUUCAAAAGUAUUCGAAUCUUUUGAGUCAGACUGACAACUUGAAUUUUUGAGGUAAAAAUACGCGAUCGCUUAUUUCUGUUCAUCUUUCCCUUUACAAAAGUUUUAUACACUACAUUUCUUCCCCAUAUUAUUGCAGAAUUUUAUUUCUUUAAAUUAUUCUUUUCCAAAGGCUCAUCAUUCUUCAUUUUACACCUUGCAUAUUAGGCUCAAAAGCAAAGAUGAUUCAUAUCCUUGUAGAAACUGUAAGCUGUGAAUUGUGGAACUUUAUGGAAUAUAUGUAUAGGAACUUUU